AGCCUUCCGGUUCUACGGAGGGCAAGAGGUAUUGUGCCCCUUUUUUUGGAAACAAAAAGUAUAGGGAUCGCGUAACAUCACAUCAGCACACAUUCUGCCGGUGCUUUUUCAAUCUGCCGGUGCUUUUUCAAUACGAUGCUAUCGGAGACUUUACAGACCCUUGAAUCUCCCCUGAAAAAGCCAAAACUUGAUACAGAUGAAAUCAUCCCAAGCUCUCCUCUGAGCGAAAUUUCGAGCAGCGAAAGCGAUGGUUUCGAACACAUCGACGACCAAGACCUCAUCGAGGAAUAUCUAAAGUAUGAGCGCCAGCUCGAAGAAAGCGAGUUCUUCGACAUAGAUUUUGUUCCGAGGGCGUUUCGUCGCAUAUUUGGAACCCACGUUUUGCCCUGUGAUCUGGAUGACCCCGAAGAAAUCGAUCUUAUCAAUGGAUGUACUGAUUUUGCUAUUUCUGAAUACAAUCGUCUCAUGAAAUCCAAGUCCCAGCUUCAACUUGUGAAGAUUGAGAAGGCUAAUAAGAGUGGUCGUUUUACCUAUGCUUGUUUUAUAACUUUUGAGGCUGUGGAUACCGUUUCUAACCAGUCUGCAACCUAUCAAACUCGAAUGUUGUGUGGUCAUGACAAGGAAUACAAGCAGAUAUUUUUCAUCAGGAGGAAGGAUACAAGAAAAGACUUUCUUUUUCCUGUUGAUUUGGAAGACAAAGAGAUGUACGAAAGGAUCAAGAAGUGUACUGAUUAUGCUAUUUCAGAGUACAGUGAGAUGCAGGGAGGGAAACCCCAGCAGCUUCAACUUAUGAGGAUAGUGAAGGCUGUCCAGGACACAGCAGAGCACCAUACCUAUCGCUUAGCAUUUGAGGCAAUGGAUACCAUAUCAGGUCAAACUAAUACUUACUUUGCUGAAGUGACAUAUGCCACUCAAAUGAAUGGUUUAAUGGGGGUGCUGGACGUGUGGCCUAAGGGUCUAAAGAAUCAUGAAUACGACACAUUUGUUGAAGAUGAAUGGAGUUGCUUGGAAGACGGAGUUUUGGGGCGCAUGUGAAGUGACUCUGCAUUCUGACUUUGUAGUUUGCGUAGGUAAAGGGGCGUAGUUGGGGGCUAACCUCCAAAUUUUAAUUUUAAUUAAUUAUUAAAAUUUUAAUUCUAAUUAAUUAUUAGGGUAAAAAAGUUGUGUAAAGAUUUUUCUAAAAAAGUUCUUUGCACCAUUGUUUCAGUAAUUACAUUGUUUAAUUACAUUUGACCUAAUAUUUAUCCUGUUUAUGGUACAACUGUGCACUCUCAUUGUCUCGUUACAUUUGACCAAAUAUUUAUCCUGUGGGGUACAAUUAUGCACUCCCGUUGACUUGUUAUAUUUAACCAAAUAUUUAGC